AUGGCUUGGUUGACUCGAUUCCUAGCAGCCGUGGCUUUCUUAGCCAUCGGAGUGAUUUUCUCCCCGGAGACCUUUGGAUCCAAAUCGGAUGGUCUGAAUUCACCCACCCUCUCCACCUACCUAAAACUGGCUCAUCUCCUCACCUUCUCCACCGCUUUCGGUGCGGCUCUCUGGGUUACCUUCAUCGGCGGCAUCAUCAUGUUCAAGAAUCUUCCGAGGCAUCAGUUUGGUAAUCUUCAAAGCAAGAUGUUUCCAGCGUAUUUCUCAAUGGUGGGGAUCUGCUGUGCAGUAACAGUAGCCUCGUUUGGGUAUUUGCAUCCCUGGAACUCUUCUUCUGUUGCUGAAAAGUACCAGCUCGGCUUUUUGCUCUCUUCCUUGGCCUUCAAUCUCACCAAUUUGUUCGUCUUCACACCCAUGACCGUCGAGAUGAUGAAGCAAAGGCAUAAGGUGGAGAGGGAACAGAACAUUGGGGAAGAAGUUGGAUGGUCGAAAAAUGUGGAAGUGGCAAAGGUAAAUCCAAAACUAGCAGCCAUGAAUAAGAAAUUUGGGAUGAUUCAUGGGUUAUCAUCUCUAGCCAACAUCAUGGCCUUUGGCAGCCUUGCUAUGCACUCAUGGUACUUGGCUAGUAAACUUAAUCUGUAA